AAAACCAAUAAACAAAUGAAAGAAAAUGGAAAAAAUAUCUGGGUCGCUUUCUCUAUCCCCGAUCCAUUUAUUAUAACCAGUCAUUGAAACCCCAGAGAGACAGACCCAUCUCGAUUUUCUUCUCUACCCAUGUUUGUUUUUCUCUCCCGGAUGUGCUGUUCCAAUUCUGGAUCUGCUGUUCGAGUCUUAUCUAAACGAUUAUUUAAGGAUUGGUGAUAUCUUUUGUGUAUAUUUAUUGUCUGGUGGAGUUGAAGACGCUUUUUUGAUUGGGGAGUUGGGACAGAGCAAUUUUGUAUUGGGUCAUUGAUUAGUGUAGUUGUUUCUUGAGGAAUGUCGUUGUUGCCAAAAGGUGAUUCUUUGUUGCCAAAUGGUGAUUCAAUCCACAUUCGAGAGGUGUGGAAUGACAAUCUGGAGGAAGAAUUUGCUUUGAUUCGUGAAGUUGUGGAUGACUACCCUUUUAUUGCGAUGGACACUGAGUUUCCAGGCAUUGUUCUGCGCCCGGUUGGAAAUUUUAAGAGUAACUAUGACUACCACUACCAAACAUUGAAGGACAAUGUUGAUAUGCUGAAGCUAAUUCAGUUGGGUUUAACAUUUUCGGAUGAGCAUGGGAAUCUACCAACUUGUGGAACCGACAAAUACUGCAUCUGGCAAUUCAAUUUUCGUGAAUUCAAUGUCAAUGAAGAUGUGUUUGCUAAUGACUCAAUUGAGCUCUUACGUGAAAGUGGUAUCGACUUUAAGAAGAAUAAUGAGAAUGGUAUUGAUGCCUUGCGUUUUGGUGAACUCUUAAUGUCAUCUGGAAUUGUGUUGAACGAUAAUGUGCAUUGGGUAACUUUCCACAGCGGGUAUGAUUUUGGGUACUUGCUUAAGCUGUUGACGUGCCAGAAUCUUCCUGAUACUCAAACAGGGUUCUUCAAUUUGAUCAACAUGUACUUCCCGACCAUUUACGAUAUUAAGCAUUUGAUGAAAUUCUGCAAUAGCCUUCACGGUGGAUUGAACAAGCUCGCAGAGUUGUUGGAAGUGGAGAGAGUUGGGAUUUGUCAUCAAGCAGGUUCAGAUAGUUUGCUCACAUCUUGUACAUUCAGGAAAUUAAAGGAGAAUUUCUUUAGUGGUUCUCUGGAAAAAUAUGCUGGUGUGUUGUAUGGUUUAGGUAUUGAGAGUGGACAGAAUAUACAUUGAAGUGGAAAAUUAAAAAAAAAAAAAAAUAGUAGAGGGAUGUUUGCCGAACUGUAUAUGUGUCUAACAUCCAUAUGUCAAUGUACACUUUUGGCAACAAGGUCCUUAAUCUAUAGAAAUUUCUUUAUUUUGUUAUUCUCUUCUCUCUUAUACUGUUACC